UGUCAUGAGGAUGGUAUCGAUUUGAAACUGGAAAACAUUAAGUAUCCGGCCGAUACUUUGACAGCAGAUUUUUUUACAGCAGACGCAAAGGUGAAGUCACUGACGAUCAAACUGAAUUACAUGAUCGAUAAGUCGGAAACGAUCGAAGCCGAUGCGUUUAAUAGGGAUCAGUUAAAGUUUAUGAAAAAGUUGGUGAUCGGCAAUGCUAUGUGUGAACCAAUCAAAGUAGGAACAUUUAAUGGAUUGGACAAUUUAGAGGUGCUAAACAUUGACGGGAGACAGCUAGGACAUAUUGAAACCGGCGUUCUGGAUGUAUUGAAUGGUACGUUAAAAGAGUUUUCGAUUGAACGGGCAGAUUCGUUAAUUCCCAAUACGGAAAUAUCGAUCGAUGGUUUCACCGGUGCGAGAGCAUUGCCCAAAUUGGAAACGGUUAAAUUCAAAUACAAUUUGAGAACAUCGAUCACUCGAGGCUCAUUCGUCGGACUGACGAAUGUGAAAACGUUAGAUCUAUCCAAUUGUGAAAUCGAAUCAAUUGCAGUAGGAUCGUUCGAUUCGUUGAAUACUCUAGAAGUGUUAAAACUACAAGAUAAUCGCCUAACGACGAUAUCGGCCGGACUUUUCAGCAAUAUUCUAAUCGGAAACAAAACUCAAAUUUAUUUAAAAGGAAACCGGCUUCUCUGCAACUGUGCUCUGAUGCCAUUCAAAAUGUCUCUGAUCGAACAUUCCAAUUUGUUUGAUCAGCCGGAAUGUCACAUGCCGGGAAAUAAUGACUACUACGAAAUAAUCACAACCAAGUUCGACGAUGAAAGUUGUGUUAUACCUACAACGACGAAUCCUUCACCUCCAACUUCAUCGCCACCACGUCAAUGCCAGUUACCCGAUAGAUCUGACACCCUUUUCAUCGAUCCUCCCACACAUACAAUGCAAAUAUCUCAAACAGUCGACAAUGAUGUCAUGGUACGAGUUGAUAACUUACCGGAAAAUUCAAUUUUGAUUUGGUUUUCCAUGGACGAUCCCAUGACCAAUCUUACUGCAAAAACGAACUGUCGAAUCGGUUCGGAUGCGACAUUUCACAUUGACAAUUUAGACUCGAAUUCAGCUUACACCAUCUGCCUGAUGGAUCACACGAAAGUGACGACUUCACCGUUAGAUUGUAAAUCUUUUGUCAAAAGAAGUGGAACGUCGGAGCCGUGGAUUUACUAUAGUGUGAAAAGCCGUUUCAUAGGGGUCACAUUUGUCGUUGGUUCUGUCAGCAUCAUGCUUGGUUCGGCGAUUGGCGGACUGACCUACAAAAUGUGGACGAUGAAGAAACAAAAGCCGUUCGUAGGAUGCUAUCAAUCGUCUCGGUGCAGUAGCAUGAGCCGAAGCAGAUUGUCCCUGAUGACCAGACGGACAACCAACACAACCGUGCAGUACUUCAUAAAUGGCAAUUACGAUACUGCUCCUCCACUACCAGCGCGUCCAGCUUCGAUGUUUCCAAUGGAUGAGCCAGUUUAUGCUACAAUCCGUGACAUAAGAAGCAUUUUAGCUCCAUCGCAGGCAGCCGACAAUUUACAAGCUUCGAGUGAGUUUGAGCUUAAAGCGAUUUAAAAA